GGGCCUGGGCGGGGCGAGCGGUGUCAGCGGCGGAGCCGGAUGCGGGCGGCACCGCGGCGGUCGCGGCCCUGGGGAUGGGCGGAGCCCCAGCCGCUAGUGCUGGUGGCCGCCGCUGCUGCCCCAGCUGGAGCCGGAGCCGCCGCCUCUGUGUUCGCGCGUCGCUGCUUCCCAGGGCGGCGGUAUGCUGGGGAAAGGAGUAGUCGGCGGUGGCGGCGGCACCAAGGCCCCCAAGCCCUCCUUCGUGUCGUACGUACGCCCUGAGGAAAUUCACACAAACGAAAAGGAAGUAACAGAGAAGGAAGUAACUCUUCACUUGUUGCCAGGUGAACAGCUGCUUUGUGAAGCCAGCACAGUACUGAAGUAUGUCCAGGAAGAUUCCUGUCAGCAUGGGGUCUAUGGGAGGCUUGUCUGCACAGACUUCAAGAUUGCCUUCUUGGGUGAUGAUGAAUCUGCAUUGGAUAAUGAUGAAACUCAAUUUAAGAAUAAGGUUAUAGGAGAAAAUGACAUUACACUCCACUGUGUUGAUCAGAUUUAUGGAGUGUUUGACGAGAAAAAGAAAACUCUCUUUGGACAACUGAAGAAAUACCCUGAGAAGCUCAUCAUCCACUGCAAAGACCUUCGAGUGUUCCAGUUUUGUCUGAGGUACACAAAGGAAGAGGAAGUCAAAAGGAUUGUCAGUGGCAUAAUUCAUCAUACCCAGGCUCCUAAACUGCUUAAACGAUUAUUUCUGUUUUCCUAUGCGACUGCUGCACAAAACAAUACAGUCACUGAUCCCAAGAACCAUACCGUAAUGUUUGACACACUUAAGGACUGGUGUUGGGAACUGGAGCGGACCAAAGGCAACAUGAAGUACAAAGCAGUGAGUGUCAACGAAGGCUAUAAAGUCUGUGAGAGAUUGCCAGCAUACUUUGUGGUCCCCACCCCUCUUCCUGAAGAGAAUGUGCAGCGCUUUCAGGGUCACGGCAUACCAAUAUGGUGUUGGUCCUGCCACAAUGGAAGUGCCCUUUUGAAAAUGUCAGCACUGCCCAAAGAACAGGAUGACGGCAUUUUACAAAUCCAAAAGAGCUUCUUAGAUGGAAUUUACAAGACCAUCCACAGGCCACCCUAUGAAAUUGUUAAAACGGAAGACGUAUCAAGCAACUUCCUAUCCCUGCAGGAAAUCCAGACUGCAUACUCUAAAUUUAAACAGCUAUUUCUGAUAGAUAACAGUACUGAAUUUUGGGACACAGAUAUAAAAUGGUUUUCUCUGUUGGAAAGUAGCAGCUGGCUUGACAUAAUCAGACGUUGCCUGAAAAAAGCAAUAGAGAUUACAGAAUGUAUGGAAGCACAAAACAUGAAUGUUCUUCUUUUAGAGGAGAAUGCAUCCGACCUCUGCUGUCUCAUUUCCUCUCUGGUGCAAUUGAUGAUGGACCCCCACUGCAGAACCAGAAUUGGUUUCCAGAGCCUCAUCCAAAAGGAGUGGGUCAUGGGUGGCCACUGUUUCUUGGAUCGCUGCAACCAUCUCCGCCAGAACGACAAAGAGGAGGUUCCUGUGUUCCUGCUUUUCCUAGAUUGUGUCUGGCAGCUGGUGCACCAGCAUCCCCCGGCAUUUGAAUUCACAGAGACUUACCUGACUGUUUUGUCAGAUAGCCUGUACAUACCUAUUUUUAGCACCUUCUUCUUCAAUUCACCUCAUCAAAAAGAUGCGAACAUGGGUAGAGAAGGCCAGGAUGCACAGAGCAAGCCUUUGAAUCUGCUCACCGUGUGGGAUUGGUCGGUGCAGUUUGAACCCAAAGCCCAGACAUUGCUCAAAAACCCUCUUUAUGUGGAAAAGCCAAAACUGGACAAAGGCCAGCGGAAAGGAAUGCGCUUCAAACAUCAACGACAACUUUCUUUGCCACUUACACAGUCUAAGUCAUCUCCCAAAAGAGGAUUUUUCAGGGAAGAAACAGAUCAUUUAAUUAAAAACCUUCUGGGCAAGAGAAUUAGCAAAUUUAUUAAUUCUUCUGAUGAGCUCCAAGACAACUUUCGAGAGUUCUAUGACAGCUGGCAUAGCAAGUCCACUGACUACCAUGGUUUGUUGUUACCGCAUAUCGAGGGGCCCGAAAUCAAAGUCUGGGCCCAGCGCUACCUGCGUUGGAUUCCAGAAGCCCAAAUCCUAGGUGGUGGCCAAGUGGCCACUAUGAGCAAACUCUUGGAAAUGAUGGAGGAAGUCCAGAGUUUACAAGAGAAGAUCGACGAGAGACACCAUAGUCAGCAGGUCCCCCAGGCCGAGGCCCCCUGCCUGCUGAGGAACUCUGCCCGCCUCUCGUCUUUGUUUCCUUUCGCUCUGCUCCAGCGACAUUCCUCUAAGCCUGUCUUACCCACCAGUGGCUGGAAAGCUUUGGGAGAUGAAGACGAUUUAGCCAAACGAGAAGAUGAGUUCGUGGACCUAGGGGAUGUGUGACCUGUUUGUUGAGUGAUUGUGAAAGAGGAAUGUGGGAGAUUGGGACAGCUGAUCCCUGGAUUCGUGUCAUGCUACAGCUAAUGCUGGCAGGGUCCUUAGCCCAGCACUCCGUUGGAAUAAACCUGGGCCUUCGGGCAAAGAGGUGGCUCUCAUUAUUUUUCAUGAUUCUAAAAGACUAUGCAAUUAAAACCGCAUCUGUAGUAUUAUUAAUUGGAAGGAAUUAUUACUUGACCCGUAAUAGGGUUGUGGCUGUUUUCUGAUGCCUAAGUAUUAUACAGAGCCCACAAUGGCCAGUUUACUACCAGAAAGGGCUUCAGUAAGAUAUUCUUGGACUUGAUACUUUCUUCAGAUCCUCUUUGUGCCAAGAUAAUUUAUCCAGUCAUUGGGAAUAGUAAGUUUCUGUGUAACCCAUCUCAAUUAUAGAAGCAAGUUCAGCUUUAUGUAUUUGUAUGGCGAGUUGAAGAUUCAGAUAGAGGUAUUAAGAUGUGUGGCAUUUACUUAAACCAUCACAUUUUUUCCUUUCUACGCCCCCUUGCCUGUAAAACACCUGGGAAGUUCCACUGGUGUCAUCCAUCCUGAUGCUUCAGACCGCCCUCCCUUCUUCACAGACCGUGUCACUUUGCCUGUGGGUGGGGGCUAGCAAGCCACCACCCUCUUUUCUGUGCUGCCAGCCCCAGGUCUUCCUCUGCCUGCUCCACACCACUCGCCGCUGUCCCUCUGCACUCCCUGCCUUGGUGCGUGUAGUCCCAGUGUCUCACUGCCAAACCUCUUGGUUACGCUGCGGGGAUCUGUUUCUUUGCCUGAGAUCCUUCCUGAGGAGCUUCCAUUCCUCUGGAGUCUCUCCUUGUUUGGAACAAAUCGCUUCGCCUUUUUCUACUUGCCUGCUGAGGCUUUGGAGCACUUGUGAUUGCAGUUUUCUGCCGCAGCCCCUGAGCCGAGUUCCUCACAUUCUUUUACCUUUAUGGACUGAUGGGAUUGGGUCACUUUUGAAUGUGGCUUUCAUAGGAAAGCAGCUUAAACAUAAAUAUCAGAAGUGAUGAUUAUCAUAUGAUACCUCAGUGAUUUUAAAAAGCCAUAGAAGAAACUUGACUAUGCCUGGUCACCUUCUUGGAUCUGCUGUCUAAAUGAUAUAUAUAUAUAUAAAUUUUUUUUUUUUUUUUUUAAUGCAGGAAAGUAUACUUUGUAAGGAGCAGUUUUUUUUGUUCUCAAUGGAACCCUGUCAAAUCGCAUAAAAGGAAAAAAAAACUCAUUAGAACGUUUUAAAUUGAAUGUUUGCCUUUUACAUAUAUUUGCUCUUCAGUAUGGAUCCCAAUUUGAAUGUUACAUGUUUGGAAAAACUUUCAGUUGCUCAAGGGCAAUAAGAAAAUUUGAGGCCGGGUGUGGUGGCUCAUGCCUGUUAUCCCAGCACUUUGGGAGGCUCAGGUGGGCAAAUUGCUUGAGCCCAGGAGUUCGAGACCAGCCCAGGCAACAUGACAAAACCCCGUCUCUACUAAAAAUACAAAAAUUAGCCGGGUGUGGUGGUGCAUGCCUGUAGUCCCAGCUACUUGGGAGGCUGAGGUGGGAGGAUCCCGUGAGCGUGGGAGGUGGAGGUUGCAGUGAGCUAAGAUCGUGCCACUGCACUCCAGCCUGGGUGAUGGAGCAAGACCUCGUCUCAAAAAAAGAAAACUGGAAACUAUUGACUAAGAGAAGUUUCUAGGUUUGCACUGAAUUGUCUUUUGUACAUACGGUGAAUUGUUUUGCUGUUCUCCCCACUCCAUAUUAAUGCAGGAGCCAGGUUGGUCUGUUAAGAUGAACAAAGGUUGAGGGGAGGGCAGGAUUCAUGCAUCUGGGGGCCAAGCACAUGUUCCGUCUUGAUUGCCUUAAGAGUUACUAGCGAGGUCAGUGUUAGGCUUGCAAUAGGGAUUUUAAAAUACACUAACUAGUUCCUUAGCUACCUUCACAUACAUUCUAUAGGCCUUCUUCAAUUGCCACUAACCUCCACUUCCUUCUCUGCCCCAUUGCCUCCCAAAUAUGCUAUGGAGCUAUUUUUGUUACCACAUUAUAACGUGAAUAUUUAUACAGUAGCCUCUUCAGGCUUUGUAAUUUUCAUUCCAAAAAUGCCCGGUGUGAUGCUUUACACUCUACAAAGUAUGGUUUAAAGGCACAAGGUCAUGGCCUUUGUCAUAGCAGUUGAAUGUGCAUUGAAAUAUUUUUCUAUGAUUUUUUAAAAUUACAAUAGAAAAAUAAGCUGUUGUAACAUGUAAGGUCAUGACAAUUUUUGUAUUUAUAUUUGAAAUCAGAUUUCUAUAACUUGUAUUUGUGUACAGAAUUCUCAAUGGAUUUAUAUAUUGUGAAAUUUUUAUCUGAGAUUGGGAUGUGGAUUAUGCUUAACAGUGAAAGCUGAAAUGAGACCAUUUACUUUGUUUAAAAUGCUGUACUGUGCAAGUUUGGAAAUGUAAAUUAAUUUACUGUAUAUAAUAUCUUGAGUUUGUUUAUACCUCCAAGUUUUUACACUGAAGAUAAACUAGCUUUAAUUCAAAACUUUUUUUUCUUUAUAAGGGAAUAAGCUGUUGAGCUAAACCUGUAUACUUGUGCUUUUUAUUUUCUGGAUGCACAAUGAAAGUUUAUACUUGUAUCUCACUGCAUCAUAUCUGAUUGCAGAAAUUAAAGCACAAUUUACAAGCAA